AUGGCAGUAACCACAGAAACCAAGUGUGAGGAAGGGAAUAAAGCAUGCUGCUGUACUCCAGUAGGUUCCAUGGGAGGACAGGAGGGAGCCGGAGAGGGAGGGAAAGAGAGAACAGGAAGGCACAUGAAAUCUAAGGGCCAAGGGGCCUCCCAAACCAGCCAUCCUUCUGUCACCUCACCGCCUGCCCUGGUGCCACGUGCCACUCUGUGCCUUCAUCGGGCUAAGAUCUGCCCCUGCUACCAAGCUUCAGAGGCCCCAGGGGCUCCUUUCCGGAUCAGUGCGCGGGGGACCUGCGGACUGCGCCCUCGGCAGAGCGUCCCUGCCCCGCGCCUGGAGCGCCUGCUUUUCCGCACUCCGGCUGGUCGGCCUUCGGUGGCUUCCCGCACCGACCCCUUGCGGAGCCCCAGAGGCCGCUGUCCGCGGCGCCGCUGCCGCCGCUCCUCGCGCGGCCUGGACCCAGCGGGCGCCGGGCUCGCGGCCGUCCAUGGGCAGCAGGGCCCCUUCGGCGCUGGAGCUACGCGAGCGUCGGGGCCCGGGGAGUCGGCCGGCAGGGGACAGGCCUCCGCUCGGCAGCCUGGCAGCGGCGCGGGCGCGGCCUUCGGGGCCUGCCGGCGGAGGCCCCGCGGGAGCAAGCCGAGCACCUGCUGCGGGCGCACCAUCUGCCCAGGCUGCUGGCCCGCGCGAGCACGUGGGGUGUGCGCCCCGCGAGGACGCGCGCCUGCCCCCGGGGCUGGGAGGCCCUGCGGCCAGGUGACUGGGGUGCUGGAGGGCGCUGGGGUGGCGCGCUUCGCUUGCGCCUUUCGUGCCGCCCGUCCACACGCGCCGGCCACUGCCCUGCCCUCCAGUCCUGCAGACCAAUUUGAGAAAGGAAGUGAGAAACUGACGGAAGAGCAAGUAGCCUCGCUGGCCGUCAACGUGGCCUUGGUUUGGGGGGAAAUCGACGACCCGGCCCUGACGCGGGCGCAUGAGCACAGCCUCAUGUUGGCUCAAGCCGGGUCCCCGCGAGAUAUGGUUUAGCUGAGUGGAGUGCUCGGCACACCUUUGAUGACCUAUCUGUUUCCUCCCCUGAAGCCGGGGAAGUGCCAGAAAGUGUACCAGCAAGGGCUGGGAGAGGACCUGGCCGGUGAGUGGGGAUGCCCAGGCAGCCCUGCCCUCACCAUGGUCCUCAGGGGGGCCACCAAGGGGCUACGGGGUGCAGAGCAGGCUGCCUACCAUGGCAUUGAUGCCUAUUUCCAGUUGAGACAGGACCCCAGACUGCUUCCAGGGGCUGGGACCACCGAGAUGGCUUUAGCAAAAAGCCUCUCAGAGGAAGGCACCAAACUGGAAGGGCCUAAUGGUCCUGCCUUCCUAGCAUUUGCCCAGGCGCUGCGGUCUCUUCCUGAAACCUUGGCAGAGAAUGCGGGCUUAGCUGUCUCCGAGGUGAUGGCAGAAAUGAAUGGCGCUCACCAAGCUGGGCACUUCCUAGUAGGAGUGAGAGUCGAAGGGAUAAUAAACGUGACCCAAGAAGAAGUGGGGGGCACCCUGCUAGCCAGAGCUCAGGGACUAGGAGCUGCAGCUGGUGUGGCCCUACAGCUCAUGACUGUAGAUGAGAUUGUGAUGGCCAAGAAAAGUCCCACACAUCAGCAGGACUUGAAUCCUGAUCCUAAGAAGGCAAAGGAACGCCCAUCUCCUGUGGAAAAGAGAGUUCUUAGAACAAACAGCCACAUCCUCAAUAAAAUGGAGAUUGCCAAGACACAAUCCCCCUUAAAAUGA